CCACUUGAUGCUCCCCGAACUUGCCCAGAUUCGGUUGGAAGGGGCAGGUUAAUGCUGUUCAAACCACCAGACUCGGGGACUCUGUGUUGGUUAUUUGGUUUUGGGUUCUUUGUUUUUCUGGCUGUUUGCCUCAGCUUCCCUGAACAGGGUGAGGCUCAUUUUGCCGGAAAUGUGAGAGUUUGAGCAAAAGGGGAAAUGAUUCAGACCCAGAAGUCCCCUGGCUGCCUCUCAGAACAUGGAGUCAGUGUUAGCCAGGGAGGGUGAGGCUGGAGGUCUCUUUGGUGGAUGGCAGUAGCCUGGCUGUGGGAUUCAAGGUGCAGGCAGGCAGGGUCCUUCCUGGCCUCAGUACUUCCUGCUGAUCACACACAGGGGAAGGGUGGCCAAGGCCUCAGUUGCUCUCUUCAGAGCCUACUAUGUUGCAGGAGAGAAAGCCAUGAGUACAGGUGGUAUGUGGUCCCAGGACUGUUAAGAGGCUCCAGGACAUGGAGAACUCCAUAGCGCUAGGAUGCCAGGGCUUUCCAGGGGUGCUGACUUCACACAGGAGGGGGCAUGCUCCAACACAAGGGAGUAGACAUCAGCCCCAGAGGCCCUGUGGUUGUGUGUACAGUGAGAUGCGUGAACACAGCACUAUGGAAUGGUGGUCAGGAGUCAAAUCAAGGGGCUCUACGGAGCCUACUUGAACUUGGAGUUCACUGUAGUGGAGUCCAGGCGGAGCUCUUAAGUUUCUGGGAAGAGGCAUAGAGGCAGGUCUGUGGCAAGGGAGGUCCACGGGGCUGCAGGGAGAAGCUGUGCUCUGUGUGACUGGAAAAGUCCUCAUUUUCAUGGCCAAGUGGAGCCCAAGGUCUCCAAGUGCAAGAAGUAGCAGGGCUUCCCUCUACUCUUGGGGGUCUCCAAAACAGAGACACGUUGGGGAAAGUUUUGAGUAGGAAUUGCAAAUCAAAGCCAGUGAUUCCUUGCCUGGACCUCCUGGAGUGGCUCAGGCCAGCGGCUCCCAUGCUGUUUUUAAUUUGGUGAGCAGUAAGAAACAGACUUUACCUACCCUGUCCGAUCGCCUACACCUGCUCCUUCCCUGUUCUUACUCUAAGUGAGAUCCUGCAUUUCGAUGCUGUGCACCCUCUGUUCACUUGGUAAGGAUGAGGGUCCCAACCCACUGGAUUCACUUAGUGCUCCCGAUAAGCAUGAGAAUCAUGGUCUGGAGUGCCUGCCAGUCUCCCAGGAAGGCCUGAGUUUGGCGGGUACAACCCAGACCUGAGGACACUGAAUAUUGUCCAAGUGUCUGUCCUUUGACUCAGCAACCCCAUCCCAGUUUAGCAGCACUUUUUGGGUCUCCUUGUGCUUUCAGUUUCAGCUGGCCAACAACCUCACAGCUUGGACUCAGUGAGGCAAUGCCCCAGGAAGGGCAGGAACUGCCCUGGCCGGACUGUGCUGCCCCCCCACAGUGCACAAGUUUUAGUAGGAAGUAGCUUCCAGAACAUUUUCUUCCAGAUCUGCCAGCUGCCUGCUCCACACUGGUGAUGGCUGGGGAGAGAGUGCAGGUGACAGCUGAGAUGUACCAUAGCACCAGGAUCCUCCUCACCAGGGACAGGGUGAUGGGAGGCCUGGGGUCUUCGUGGUGGAGGUGGCAUUUCAGAGACACAGGCAGGCUGAGAGAGGGCAUCGUAACCAGACCCUGUAGCUACAGCAAAAAGUCCCAUUUUGACUUCGAGGAAGAAGAUGUGGACAAACUUGAGAUUCGAGUUGACCUCUGGAACGCCAGCAACCUGAAGUUUGGAGAUGAGUUUCUGGGGGAGCUGAGGAUCCCGCUGAAAGUCCUGCGGCAGUCCAGCUCAUAUGAGGCAUGGUACUUUCUCCAGCCCCGGGACAAUGGCAGCAAAAGCCUGAAGCCUGAUGACUUGGGCUCCCUGAGGCUGAAUGUGGUUUACACAGAAGACCAUGUCUUUUCUUCCGACUACUACAGCCCCCUGAGGGACCUGCUGUUGAAGUCUGCAGACGUGGAGCCUGUCUCAGCCUCAGCAGCACACAUUCUAGGUGAGGUGUGCAGAGAGAAGCAAGAGGCAGCCAUCCCGUUGGUGCGCCUCCUCUUGCACUACGGCAGGGUGGUGCCCUUCAUCAGUGCCAUCGCCAGCGCAGAGGUGAAGAGGACCCAGGACCCCAACACCAUCUUCCGAGGAAACUCACUGACAUCCAAGUGCAUAGAUGAGACCAUGAAGCUGGCAGGCAUGCACUACCUGCAUGUCACCCUGAAGCCCACCAUAGAGGAGAUAUGCCAGAGCCACAGGUCCUGUGAAAUUGAUCCUGUGAAGUUGAGAGACGGCGAAAACCUUGAGAACAACAUGGAGAGCCUGCGGCAGUACGUGGACCGCAUCUUCACGGUCAUCACCAAGUCUGGGGUGAGCUGCCCCACUGUCAUGUGUGACAUUUUCUUCUCCCUGAGGGAGGCAGCUGCCAAGCGCUUCCAAGAUGACCUGGAUGUGAGGUACACUGCUGUGAGCAGCUUCAUCUUCCUGAGGUUCUUCGCACCCGCCAUCUUGUCCCCCAACCUCUUCCAGCUGACGCCUCACCACACGGAUCCACAGACGUCCAGAACCCUGACACUUAUCUCUAAGACAAUCCAAACUCUGGGCAGCCUGUCCAAGUCAAAGUCUGCCAGUUUUAAGGAGUCAUACAUGGCGACCUUCUAUGAAUUCUUCAAUGAACAGAAGUAUGCUGAUGCUGUAAAAAAUUUCUUGGAUUUGAUUUCAUCCUCGGGGAGAAGAGACCCCAAGAGCAUAGAGCAGCCCAUCCUGCUUAAAGAAGGGUUCAUGAUUAAGAGGGCUCAAGGAAGGAAACGCUUUGGGAUGAAGAAUUUCAAGAAGAGAUGGUUUCGUCUGACAAACCAUGAAUUCACCUACCAGAAAAGCAAAGGAGACCAGCCCCUCUGCAGCAUCCCCAUCGAGAACAUCCUGGCUGUGGAGCGGCUGGAGGAGGAGUCCUUCAGAAUGAAAAACAUGUUUCAGGUCAUCCAACCGGAGCGCGCACUGUACAUCCAAGCCAACAACUGUGUGGAGGCCAAGGACUGGAUCGACAUCCUUACAAAAGUGAGCCAGUGCAACCAGAAGCGCCUCACUGUCUUCCACCCGUCUGCCUACCUGAACGGCCACUGGCUGUGCUGCCGGGCCUCCUCGGACACAGCCACUGGCUGCACGCCCUGUACCGGCAGCCUCCCAGCAAACAUCCAGUUGGACAUCGAUGGGGACCGUGAGACGGAACGUAUCUACUCUCUCUUCAACCUGUAUAUGGGCAAGCUGGAAAAGAUGCAGGAGGCCUGUGGGAGCAAGUCCGUGUACGAUGGCCCAGAACAAGAGGAGUACUCAACCUUCAUCAUUGAUGACCCCCAGGAGACCUACAAGACGCUGAAGCAGGUCAUCGCUGGGGUAGGGGCCCUGGAGCAGGAGCAUGCACAGUACCGGAGGGACAAGUUCAAGAAGACGAGAUACGGGAGCCAGGAGCACCCCAUCGGAGACAAGAGCUUCCAGAACUAUAUCAGGCAGCAGUCUGAGGUCUCCACCCAUUCCAUUUAAAGCCUACAGCUCUAACCAGCAGCACCAGGAAGAAGAGAGAACAAAAUAUGCAAGCAGAGGGAGUCCACGUUUGUCCCUUCACACAGGCCCCAUUCAGCACUUCUGUGAGCUGUUUGCUCCCCUGGUCACGCACUUUACUCGCCUGCCACAGCAGGUUGUCUGAGCCAUUCUGAAUGUGCAGUCAUUUGUCUUUUCACUCACCUUGGUUUCAUGGGGAUCCAGGGAUUUGUUGAACGAUGGGGAAAUGGGGAGAAAUGUGAACUUUCCCCUAACCAUUCCCACUCCCUCCUCAGGGAGCCACUGCUGGUCAUCAUGGCAACGCACGCCUCUGCAGAGCGUGCACUCCUAUCUCCGGCUCUUUGCCUGCUGGUCUCUGUGGCCUGCAGCUGUGUAGCCCCUGGCCUCAGCCCUGGGCAUUCUGCUCUGUCACGUUCAAGGCGAGAGGUGCAGUGUUUUCUUGGGAGCCUGCUGUCUUAGCAGCCAGCAGGCAGGUAGCCUCCUGUUCAGCAUGUGUUAGUUUUCGUUCUGGCUGCAGAAUCAGGUUUGUAGCUGGGAUAAUGGCAAAUAACACAGAAGCCCCAAUUUGAGGUACCCUUCAUCUUGGGGGCAGAGCCCCUUCUGCAGAAUUCCUGAGGUAGGGGUUGGUGCAGUCUUCUCUGGGUGGCCAUUGACCCCCAGUUUGAGCAUACAGUGUCUUGCUGUUGCACAGGGUUUAAAACUAGAAUCCAUAUACCUGCUCCAUUGGUGGACUUUCAGGAAAGAUUUUUAAACUAGAAAUGUGCAUUUUUCAAGCUGUUUUUCUUAAUGUUUUUAAGGGACAAUUUUUAAUUCAUUCUUUGAUAUGACUCAGAACAUCCAAACCUAUCCCUACUAAAGGGAGUACCAUGGCAAGCAAAUACAAAGGGAAUGAUGAAUCUCUCAAAGCCAACUGCAGGUCACAAGGAAGUGACCAUAGGUUGGAGGCUGCACCUUCAAUGAUGCAGAAGGGCCAAGAGAGGUGUCCCACACAUGUCUCUGUGAACCCCAACAGGCUUGACAGUGCACUGACUGGAGCUGCUUUUUGUUGGGGUGGGAGGAUCUGAAAUGGGCAAGGCAGAUAGCUUCUCAUGCCAUGAUCACAUGCUGCUGCUGGAAUCUCACUCCAAACAGUCCCAGGGGGCAGAGGAGGGAGGCGCUCAGAAGUCACUGUCAGAGGACAUACCACUCAUCUGGGUACCAGUUUCUCUCUGUUUUCGUUUGGAAAUAAGAUAGUUCAGACUUGUGGUCUAGAUGGCAGAUAGUAACAGUAUUUGUUGUCACCACAGUAAAGUAUAAAAAAUACACUUUGGACACACAGCUACUGCUGCACUGAACUUCAAUUUUUAACAUGGAUUUGUAACUUAAUGUUUCUGUUUAUAAAAUACUAAUUAUUUGCAAUGUAUUUUACUGGCCAAUUAAAACAGAUGUUUUAUUCUUUCUGAGGACUGACUCAGUUUUCCAGAGGGACCCGCUGGUAAUUGAGCAUGAGGAAGGAGGAGUGUCCCCAUGCGGGGGAGCACAGUGGGUAGGUGGAUAGCAAUGUUCUGAUGAUGACACAUGACAUCUCUGAAAUGACAGGUAGCAUCUCUCGGAUGACAGGUGACACCCCUGACACAUGACAUCCACCUUGGUGCUCAGGUAGAAGCUCAGCCCCACAAUGCCCUCAGGGGAGCUUGCAUCUGGCACUGCUGGAAGCUCCCGUGUGGCUGGGGACAACUUGGGGAGGGUAGAGAAGACAGACCACACCAAGGCCAUCAUCUGUGAGGAUGCGGUGGGUCAAGAUCACGGCUCCUAUCAGAGAGGAGUGAUCUGAAGAAAAGGGGACUUUGUGUCUAGGCAGGUUCUGCUGCCCCUUCUCAGAGCAAGGAAGAUGAAAAGGACACUGGGGGAGGCUCCACACUCGGCAAGGGGUGCCAGUGUAAUUGCCAUUUCCUUUCUCCCUUCUUUUCUCCAUUUGGUUCUCACUCUGUCCUUUUUCCAUUUUAAUUCCAUCAGAAGUCAACUCUGGUAGGAGAGUUGUUUGGCUCUGUGAACACUGAGUUGCACAUUUCUCCAGGGCAUCCUAGGAUGAAGGACUGAGGCAUGUAGGCUUCCCUGGCAGACUGAGGCUGGAGUAGGUCCCUGGUCAGUUUCUUCUGUACACAGAAGGGCA